CGCAGGUGGAAAUACUGGCUAAUUGCGCUCUACCUGUCAGACAAUUGCGUAGGUGAUUCCUUGUGGUUGUGGGCUCGUCUCCACAGUGGAAUAAUACAUGUACAUUUUGCACGGUGCAGAGUGGAGAAAUUGUUGAGAGUGAAUUUUAAUCUGAUUAAAAUUAUUCCUAGAGCCUUCCCACGAGAUUAAAAUUACACAUGAGGCGAGGCUCGGUGAGCACUUGGGAGCCAUGGGCCCGACGAAAUUCUGCCAAUAUGGCACAAUUCGCAUCGAGUAGACAAGAGUUUAUGACAAGUGAGCCGGGAUUGAAUGGUAUUGAGUAUCAAAGGGGAGGUGGUUACUUCUUGUCACAUAAGAAAAUAGCUAUCUUCAUCACUGUGAUUUUUCUAUCGCUCGUGGCUGUCGGGUUUAUUGGUGCUUAUGCCGGUGCUAUCCCAAAGAAAAAGAUAUUCGAUGCAACGGCAUUGAUAGCUGAAGACAAAGGCUCGGAGCCAGCAGAUGCUGAUAAAUAUUCCCUCUCAUCCGAAAUAUUCCCCCUACGAUAUCAGAUCGAUUUGCUACCAACUCCCACUGACAAUGGUGUCUCGGUGGUGGGUCACGUCAUUGUGCAGUUUCAUUACACUGGUUCAGCUAGUUUAGAUCAAAUUGUUCUCAAUGCGAAGAGCAUGAACAUUACCAGCAUGAGAUUAUUGGAUUAUAAUACCGAAAAUGAGGAUGAGAAGAGGAGAAAAAGGGGAGGGGAUGACGUACAAUUCCCUGAAUCUGAAUUGCUUAGAAACGGAACGAAAAUUAUUGACAUUGACAGCAGUAAAAACGAACUGGAUAACGAACACGGAAUUUUAAGGACUCAUCUACCAAGGCGCAUAAAGAAAGGAGUUUAUGCUCUGGAAAUAAAUUACGAAGCUCUGGUCGAUAAUCGUACUCUCCGCGUAGCAAAUUUCAGCGAUGACAAUGGCGACAGAUGGCUGAUGGCGAGUCGAUUAAAACCCAUCAAUGCACGUCGACUCUUUCCGGUAUUCGAUGAUGUGAGAUUAAAAGCUAAAUUCGUACUGUCCGUUGCACAUGACGAGAACAUUGUUGUCUUGUCAAAUACUCCAGUGAAGUUUCGAGCUCCUGCAUCAAAUAGUGUGGUGAUUGAUACUUUCGAAGAGACCCCUUUAAUGUCUCCCCACAAUCUCGUGCUCGUUCAGGGGCAGUUGGAGACACUGGACAAUAUAACAAUGAAAGGGAAGUCGAUAACAUUUUGGGGAGAAACGAACGUCAACUUAAAUCCACGCUAUUUGAAGAAUAUGACUCAGUCAGUGCUGGAAAAUUUCAUAGAACUGUUUGCACUCGAUUUUUACAUGCCUCAGCUUGAUAUCGUCUGUGUUCCAUUUAUGGAGAAUUAUGGGAGUCCCGGAAUAAUCACAAUUAUAGAACCACUUUUUAAUGUGACAAAUACGUCACCAGGAAUAACGAGAUACGAAACCCUCCAAACAUUGAUUCGUCUCAUUGGUCAACAAUGGCUGGGUGGAUUAGUGAAUUCCCAGAAUUGGACUGACGUCUGGAUUCUCGAGAGCUCCCUCACUGAUCUCCAGCACUCGUUGAUUCCCAAAUUAGAUCCUACAUUCAAUCAUUCCACGUUUAUCCUGGAUGUUCAAUUGGAUGCGUUUGAGGCCGAUGGUUACACAGUAUCACAGUCAUUGAAGUCCAAGGUUAAUCCAGCAUACUUGGAGGCCUUUCAUCCGGAUGAGUUGUAUGACAGAGGUGCAUGUUUGCUACGCAUGUUGCAUGGAGCUUUAAGACGAAACGAGUCGUGGAUUGGCUACAGGAAAUUCGUUAACAGGUGGGCAAAUGGAAAUGGUGACGUUGGUUCAUUUCUGGAAGCAAUGACUGAUGAUGCAGAGGGUAUUCCGGAGGGGAUCGAUGCCAUUGCUGCUAUGAAUUCAUGGAUCAGUAGUCAUGGGUAUCCAGUUCUGACUGUUGAAAGGGAUUACAGUAGUGGUUCUGCUAGAGUUCAUCAAGAACGUUUUAGUUUUGAUAAUUUAACAGUAGAGCGACAAAACCCUUGGUACUUACCUCUCUCUUGGAUCACCGAAGAUGGUAAUUGGUCAUCACCCUCAUUCACAUGGCUGAAAUUGGCGGAAACAACGAUAGAUAACGUCGGUAAUCCCGACGAAAAAUCGUGGGUGAUAUUUAACGUUAAUUCCACGGGAUACUACAGAAUUAAUUACGAUCCCGAUAACUGGGAAUUGAUUGCACGUGCAUUAGGAGAGAAUCCCACGGAAUUUCCUUCACCGGUGAAAGCCUCUCUAGUCGACGAUGUAUUGAGCUUGGCUUUCGUUGGCUCUACAUCUUACGAUACGGCUUUCAGUCUGAUCAAUUACUUGAGAAAUGAGAGCCAACCCGAGCCUUGGACUGCACUCAUGCGUCACGCCAUCAAACUCAAUCUUGUGUUGUAUGAUACGUCGAUUUAUCCGAAAUAUCAGGAAUACAUGAAGAAAUUGACAUCAAAUUUUUUCCGAGAAGUUGGUUUAGACAUAAAUCAUGGUCGACGACUGACAUUAGUGGCUCACCAAUUAGGAUCAACCUUUGAGAUACCCGAGUACGUAAGUUGGGCAAAGGAAAAUGCCGAAGGCCUGAAAACCUCACCAGAAUGGGAAUCUCGUCAUCUCAUACCGUCGUAUUUACGUGAGACUCUACUGUGCACCCUGGCGGAUGAGCUUGGAUGGCAAUGGUGGCAGGAGAAAUUAGGAAACAUCACGAAGCGUGACGACGACAGAAAUUCAUUCCUAUCGUCUCUGGCCUGCUUCCAAGUGCCUUGGAUGUUGCAGGCGGUGUUGAAUGAAAUUGUCAAGGGUGAGUUUUUCGAAGAGACUGAGACGCUAGUUAUUCUGAGAGCAUUCGACAAACAUCCGGUUGCUGCUGAGGUAGCCUUUCAAUUCGUACGGAAAAAUUGGGCGGAUAUAGUUGAAAAGUUCCAUAAAUCAUACCCCAUACUCAGGGCAUUCAUAGGCUCAAUAGGCAGCGGUUUCACUAGUGAAAAGGAUUUUUCCGACUUUGUGGAAUUUCGGGAGGAUAACUACGAGAGCCUCAAACCCGUGGGUUACAUCACGGCAUUCGUAGAGGCUAAAGGAAAUUCAUGGGUAUCCUUCCUCAACACAUCCUUUGUAAACUUCGAGAAGACGAUGCAAAGCAUCUGAUAGUUAUCUCGCUUAUCCAAACAAUCUCAGUACUUAUAAAAUUACUCUCAACUCAUCAUCGUGUAAAAAAUACAAAAACCUGGGAACAAUUGUGAUGUCUAUAAUAUAAAAAUGACAAAUAAAAUAAUUACAAGACUUUAGUCUAGGAGGAUAA